GGGGCUACUACCUCCGCUAGGCUUCUUGGUCUUGCGAUAGGUGGCCGCUACGUGGCUUGCGUGCAUUCCAACUCCGAUCUGCUUGCCCACGUGUCGGAGGUCAAAGGACACUUUAUAUAGUGACGUAAUUCAGGGCUGACAACAACGAUGGCUUUUCCUUCUUUCUUCGGUAAUCUGUUCAGCGAGCUCAUUCCCGGCGGGGAUUGCAGCAGCAUCGAGCAGGACCCGAAUGCUGAUCCGUUUGACAAGGAGGUGUGCCAGCAGUUUCGAAGGUUCAACGAGGGAUUUGGCAGAAGUCUCGACAUUGAGCACCGUUCCCCUGAGGAAGAGAAUCGAGGGAAAGGAGGGAGUAAUGACCCGCAAUCGCUCCGUGAUGCCAUCCUCAGUAGACCAGACAGUAACAGAGAAGAAAUGCCUUCGCCCAGCAGAUGGCAUGGAUUUGGUCGUCGUCGACACCCCAGAGAAGAUGAAGAUCUUGAUGAGAGGGUAAGGAGAGAUCCAAGGCUCUUGGACAAGUAUCUGGAUAGUGGAGAUGUGGAGCCCAGGCCUCGGAAGGAUUCAAGCUCACCACGUUAUCAUUCCUCUUACUCCAGUGUUAUUAUCACCGCCAGACCAGACGGGACCGUGGAAGAGCACAGAACUGUAAUAGAUUCAGAUGGGAACGAGAAAGUAUGUUUGUCAGUUCAAAGAUUUUCAUAACUCAUUUGUCAUAAUGCAGACAACAGUGACAUACUCUGAUGAUGGGAGACAAAGGAUUGACAGAAAGAUGGAUAUACAAGGGAAAAUGAAAGACUUCUGGGACAGAAUAUCCAAGCUGUAAAAUGAAGCAAUAGAUAAAUGAGUAGCUAGCUGGUGAUCUCUUGUAGUUGUGGUGGCUCUAAGAAGAGCCGGUUGAGAGAAAAGAAAUGAAAAUGGUUGAUAGCUCAGCCGCCGAAUCCGUAGAGGGUGCGUCCUUGCCUCUUGAGGGCGUAGACGACGUCCAUGGCAGUGACGGUCUUUCUCUUGGCGUGCUCGGUGUAGGUGACUGCGUCACGGAUCACGUUCUCCAGGAAGGACUUGAGGACGCCGCGGGUCUCCUCGUAGAUGAGGCCAGAGAUACGCUUGACUCCUCCACGGCGGGCGAGACGACGGAUGGCUGGCUUGGUGAUGCCCUGGAUGUUGUCGCGCAGAAUCUUCCUGUGACGCUUGGCGCCUCCCUUUCCGAGUCCUUUGCCUCCUUUGCCGCGGCCAGACAUGCUGCUUCGGUCUUUCUUGCUCGAUGAAAGUCUUCAAACAAAGAGAGGAAUGAUGCCGUCUC